UCCCAAAGUGAAAAGGUUCGAUUACACUGGCCAACAUCCUUACCUUCUGGAGAUGCAUAUUCUGCUGCGGGGACUCACCGAUUUGUCCAAAAGCCCUAUAGUCGCUCUUCUUCCAUGUCUUCCAUUGAUCUAGUCAGUGCCUCUGAUGAUGUUCACAGAUUCAGCACCCAGGUAGAAGAGAUGGUACAAAACCAUAUGACUUACUCCUUGCAAGAUGUAGGAGGAGAUGCCAAUUGGCAGCUAGUGGUAGAAGAAGGAGAAAUGAAGGUAUACAGAAGAGAGGUGGAAGAGAAUGGAAUAGUUUUAGAUCCUUUGAAAGCAACCCAUGCUGUUAAAGGGGUAACAGGGCAUGAAGUUUGUCACUACUUCUGGAACGUUGAUGUUCGUAAUGACUGGGAGACAACAAUUGAAAAUUUCCAUGUUGUGGAAAACUUAGCUGAUAAUGCAAUCAUCAUUUACCAGACACAUAAGAGGGUGUGGCCAGCUUCCCAAAGGGAUGUGCUGUAUUUGUCUGCUAUCAGAAAGAUACCAGCAUUCAGUGAAAAUGAUCCUGAAACAUGGAUUGUGUGCAAUUUCUCUGUGGAACAUGACAGCGCUCCUCUGAACAAUCGCUGUGUCCGUGCCAAAAUAAAUAUUGCUAUGAUUUGUCAGACGUUAGUAAGCCCACCAGAGGGGAACAAGGAAAUAAGCAGGGAGAACAUCCUAUGCAAGAUUACAUAUGUAGCUAAUGUGAACCCAGGAGGAUGGGCACCAGCAUCAGUGUUACGGGCAGUGGCAAAACGAGAAUAUCCAAAAUUCCUGAAGCGUUUUACAUCAUAUGUUCAAGAAAAAACAGCAGGAAAGCCUAUUUUAUUCUAGUAUUAGCAGCAAUCAGAACAAGACUGGGUGAGCAUUCCACGUUGGAGAAGUGUCCAUGCAUAGACCACUCCAUGCUGGAACGAAGGAUCUACAGUCUUCUCAUGGCCCAAGUUCUGGGCUUUGUAUACUGAAGUGAAGAAGUGUUGCAACACCAUGAGGCUGAAUAUUUAACACUAGCUCUCUCCUGCUAACUUUUCUUGCUGAAUCAGUGUGUUGUUAUAAAUACAUGUAUUCAUAACAUGUAUAUGGCUCUAUUUUUACUUUCUUGCUUUAGAAGAGGAAGAACAUGUACAACUUUGAAUCACCAACAUGGGUUACUACUUUAAUUUUUAAAAAGUUGCAGACUUUCAUUGUCAACCUUCCUAAGAUAAUGGCGCAGUUUUUUGUGCAUGUCUAAAAAGCACAAAAGACAGAUGAACAUAUAGCAUACUGUAUGGGCUUUAUAUGCACAAAAAUCUGUGGUGUUAUGGAGGGGAGGGACUUCAGUAAAGCCUAGGUGACUUAUUGACAGGUUUUGUUUUGCUUUGUAUAAUCAUAGUUCACUGCUGCUAGUUUCUAUAACGAAUCAUCUUGUUACAUAAAAUGUCAGUUAAUAACUGAGGGCUGUCAAUAUCCUUAUGACUUUGCCUUUUCUAUUGUCUUACUCUGAUGACGAUAUUUGGUUCUGAAGGAG